UGAAUAAUAUCACCUUUUUUAUACUAUUAAUAACAUAUUAAAAAGAAAAUACGGUUUAAGGCAAUCAUAUAUCGAGUCACGUUCUUGUACUUUCUUUUCUAUUUAAUGUCAAACUAACAUAUUAAUCACUCAUUUCUUUUGUAUUUAAAACUAGAAUUAUGAUAUUUUAUAUCAUUGCUAUUUUAACUGCAUCCGAAUAUUAAUCUAAUCGUAUCACUUUCUCUUUGUCACUCUCAUGCAGGGAUAUGCCUAGUGAUGAGCAAGACUAAGGUUUUGAUUCCAGAGGUUGAAAGAUCAACAGAGGGCGCCACCUUUGCUACAUUCUACCGUGGUGACGAUCUCUAUUGAUAUCUCAAUGCUACGCAAUAGAACUUGAUAGUACACACAUCAUUGAAUAGAGUACGUCUUCCUUUACAAAUCGACAUAUAUACCCCGUUUUGAGGUCAAAAAUUACUAGGAAACUUAUAUAGUCGUCUUUUUAAGUCUGAUUUUGCGCUUAUUAAUACAUGUACUAGAAAAAAAUGCGAUAUCAUUUUCUACCAGUGUUAAUGAGCUCGAUAUAAUUUGCACAAUUCGCAUGAUUUCUAAUAUCCUUCUUCACUAGUUUUUCUUUUUAUUCACGAAUACUUUGUUUAUAUGUUCGACAAUUCUGUUGUUUACGAAAAAAACAAAAACAAAAUUGUAAUAGCAAAUAUUGAAAUGAUCGUAACUCAAUAAUUUUCACAUAAACAUGAGUCAUGAGAAUAUGACAUUUGACGUAAGCUUUACAUGACUAUCCAUGUAAUAAACAUCGGAAAUAAAACCGCCGGUUUAUCGCGGUUUUAUCUAUCCGAUUAUCGGAGUAAACUAGCGGUUCUUUCCGAUAAACUGCGGUUAGCCAUUCCUUCUGUACAGUUAACCGGUACUUUUUCUUUGUUUUCUUAAUAUUUGUACGUAAAUUAGACAGUUAUAUUUCAAUUAAUCUAACUUUUAUUUUAACCAAAAAUAAAUCUUAAAAUAUAAAUAUAAAAGAAUUUUAAUUCUCAACUGAAUCUCGUUAUUGCUAUAUUGAUUCUUUUCUCUAAGCAAGCAAACGAAAUAAGUGAAUUAUAAAAUCACUAUAUUUUUUAAUGAAGAUGAGUAGGUAGUUUAAAUCCAAAUAGUGAUUUGAAUAACUCUUGAAAUUCUCUAUUGAAUAUAGUAUGUGCUAAAAUUUCAAAAGAAACUUUAUCAAUAGAGUUUUUCAGAAAACCAUUCCAGGAAAACUUAAAGUCCUAGAAGAUUUUGAGAAAAAUAUUUUUCAAAAUAGCCACUUGAAAGAGCAGAAAAUUCUGAGCUAAAUGAGGGAUUGACCAGUUCUUUACGAUGUUUCGUUGCAAAACUAUAAGCUUAAGAAAAAUACGAAAAACAUGUGAUUUUAGCAAUUUCUCGGAUUUUUCUUAAGCUUAUAGUUUUGCAACGAAACAUCAUGGAGAGCUGGUCAACCCCUUAUUUAGCUCAACAUGUUCUGCUCUUUCAAGUGGCUAUCUUGAAAAAUCUUCUAGGACUUCAAAUUUCACUGAAGUGGUUUUCUGGAAAACUCUAUUGAUAAAGUUUCUUUUAAAAUUUUAGCACAUACUAUAUUCAAUAGAGAAUUUCAAGAGUUAUUCAAAUCACUAUUUGGAUUUAAACUACCUACUCAUCUUCAUCAAAAAAAAUUUCAAAAAUAUAGUGAUUCUAUAAUUUUUCACAGUACUGUAUGUUUUCUAUAGUUCGUCGGAAAAAUUACCGAUGAAAUUUAUUACCAAUCGCGGUAUCAAUUAAAACCGUCAAUUUGGACAAUUACUGCUAAAAGUGAGCCGGUUUUUGUGACAUAGAUAGACAAGAUAUUACUCCUAAUAAAAAACCAUGUUGGUCCCCGGAAUAUCUUAUCCAUAUCUAGAUGUGUAGUUCCAGUUUACUGACUACGAGCUCAGUCUAAUUAAUACACACGAACAUACCGCUAGUAAAAAGGUACAUUUUGAUAGGGUUGAUGUCUAAAUUUUACAGCAAACACCGAUGCCAAUGUAAUCAGUGCACAUCGUUAGUCUUAUCGGUCUCGAUUCUUCAUCAUCUGAAUGAAAUUUUUUUUUUGUUUUUUAAGAACCAGAUGCUUCUAAUGAUAAUGAACGUCGUAAGUCAAUCUUCACUAAUUUAGUGAAUACAUUUAAUCGAAUACGAACAUAUUAUCAUGUCCGUGGAGAACAAUCUUCAUUACCUGUUACAUCAACUUCUUCAGCAUCUUCGACGCCUUAUUUUACAUUUGUACUCUGGUCUUUAGUUGCUAUUAAAGUUUAUCAAUUUUAUUGGUAUCUUGGACGAAUAUUGAUUUUUGUCAUUAUUUAUAAAAUAAUUAAAAAAAUUCUAUUUGAAACUUAUAUCUAUUUAAUGAGACAACAAAGUGUGCAAUGUAUAAUUCAACGAAUAAUUAAUUUUUUGAAAGAUCGACGUGAUGUAUUAACUCCAUCACCUUUACAUGGUCUUGUUCGUUUUCUUAUUAAAGGUGAUAAAAAAUUUAAUCAUGGCCUACAAGGAUCUAUUGAUUAUCUAGUCAGUGCAAUUAUGAUUGUUACAUUACUCAUUACAGUUCUUUUUGGUACAAUACUUCUUAUUAUACAGAUUCAUCAUGAAAGUAUACAUAUGAUUAAAUUAACAAGUAAUCUUAUUAAUGAAACAAUUGUACUUCAACCAUCAUUUCAACAUAUGUUACCUGAUAAAGAACAUAUGGGUAAAUUAAUGGAUACAGCUGUCAAUAAUUUUUAUUCUGUCGGAAGAACUUGGAUUGGAAAACAGGAUUCAUCAAACUAG